AUGCCGGAGUUCAGGGUUUCCGGCUACGAAAUUCUCGAGGUGAUCAACAAAGGAUCCUUCGGAGUGGUGUACAAAGCCCGCGACGAAGCAACCAACGAGACGGUGGCGAUCAAGGCCGCCCACGGCCUCCUCAGCGACUCCGCCCUGAUGGAGAUGGACGUCCUCGAGUCCCUCCCGCGCCACAAAAACAUCGUCGGGCUCAAGAAAAUCUUGGCCGACCGCGGCGCCCUCAUCCUCGUGAUGGAGUACGUAGAAUCGGACCUCAAGACAGCGAGGGAAAAAUUGCAAAACCCCUUCCCGCCAAAACUGAUCAAAACCCUGAUUUUCGAAAUACUAAACGGCGUCGCUUUUCUCCACGACCAGGGCUUCGUGCAUAGGGAUCUCAAGCCGGCCAACAUCCUCUUCGGGGGCAAGAAUAGGGCCAAGAUAUGCGAUUUUGGCCUCUCGGCCCGGCUUGAGUCCCUGUGGGGCGGUGGGGUCGGGACGAUGUUUUACAAGGCUCCCGAGAUUCUUGAUGAUUCGGACACGUAUACGAGUGGGGUGGAUGUGUGGUCCGUGGGAUGCAUGAUGGCGGAGUUUGUGUUGGAUAAACCCCUCUUUCGCGGGCGUUCGGAUGAUCAUCAGCUUGAGUGCAUACGUAGGUUGGUCUGGCCACAGACCAACCUAGUACGGAUGUACAUGUCCAUGUCUGCCUCGUUAUUAGGCGCGACGAGGCUCAGUGAAUCGGGAUUGGAUCUGCUCGAGAAGUUUUUGGCGUUCGAUCCGUCAGAUAGGAUAUCAGCCAGAGACGCUCUCAAGCACCCAUGGUUCGAGGAGGAUUUUGAAGCUUGA